AGUCAAGGCGCGAUUGCCUCAGAUGGGCGCUCUAAUGCAGGCGGCAACGGCCAUAAGCAAGCGGGCUCGGUGAACAGCACCACCACCUGCACCUCUUGGAACAGCGCGGGCGCCAGCGGCACUUUCGCUGCAAACGCCACGACCAACUGCACCGUUGACCCGCUGACCACCAACACGACGCUGACCAACAGCACUACCACACAGACAAACAGCACCGCACCGACCAACUCCACGGCCGUGGUGCCGGGCAUGGACGGCGGCGCUAGCGGCAGCACCAAUUCCACUGACGCUGCCAACGCCACUGCUAGCACCACCAACAUCGCCAGCAACAGCACGGGCGCCAGCAACAGCACGGCCAGCAACAGCACGGCCAGCAACAGCACGGGCGCCAGCAACAGCACGGGCGCCAGCAACAGCACGGGCGCCAGCAACAGCACGGGCGCCAGCAACAGCACGCCCAGCAUUACAAGCGGCAGCAAUAGCACUACGUCGGCCGGCAGUACUGGCACUGGUGGAAGCAGCACCGGCGUCAGCGGCGUUGCAAACACAACCACAUCGAGCACCGUUGGCAGCGGCGGCAGUAGCGGCAGCGGAACUGGAUCCGACACAACUGCCACCAGCGGCGGUGCAGCCAACAAUGCUACUACUAGCAGUGGUAGUGGAAGCGGAACCGGGAGCACCGGAAACGACGGAACCAUGGGGGAUACGACAACCCCCGAAAGCACCACUACUGGCAGCAGCAGCAGCAGCAGCAGCAGCAGCAGCAGCAGCAACACCAACAGCAGCAACAGCGUAAACCAUGGCGGCAACAGCAACGGUAGCGGGAAUGGGCAUGGUAACAACGGAAAUGGAGGUGACGGUGCAGCUGCUAGCAGCAGCAGCCCGCCGCCGCCGGCCUCCGUUGCGCCGUCCCAGCCCCAGUCGCAGCAGCAGCAGCAGGCCGCUUGUGCUCGUGACGGCGUCACGGCUGCCAGCGUGUCGGGCGACUGCGGCAAGCACCGAGUGCCUGUAACCUUCUCCUCCUCCUCCUCCUCCUCCUCCUCGUCCUCAGCAGCAGCAGCCCCCGCCUCCUCUGUCACUAUGUGUGCUGAGCCGGCGGCGUUCGCGGCGGAUACCGGCACGCUGCAACUGGCCCUGUGCUGGCGGGACUCGGACUUGCCGGCAUGGCUGCUACUGCCAUCUGGCGGCAGUAGCAACAGCAGCAACGCCGGUGCCACGCUCCGCGUGACGCUGCCUCGGCUGCAGCGCUACGGCAUCGCGUCCAUGGCGGCUGGCAGCUACAGCCUCAGCGUUGACGGCGGCGGCGUGGAGGCCGUGGGUGGCACCGUGCACGCCGCCGCUGCGGCGGCGGCGGCAGCGGCGGGAGGUGCCGCGGAUGUGCCGUUUGGGCCGCUACCGGGUGGGAGUACGGCCGACGCACUGGCAGUGCCGGCGGGCGGCGUGGAUGCACUGACGCUGUGGUUUGAGCUGCCAGCGGUUGCGUCGGCUGCGGCUUCAGGUGCCGCCAGCUCGUCGGUGCCGGCGACCAAGUCCUCGUCCUCGAGCAACGGCAACGGGGAGGGGAAUGGCAACAGCAGUGGCAACAAUGGCAACAAUGGCAAUGGCAAUGGCAAUGGCAGCAGUGGCAACAAUGGCAACAAUGGCAAUGGCAAUGGCAACAGCAACGGCAACGGCAACAGCAGUGGCAACGGCAAUGGCAAUGGCAAUGGCAAGGUUGACAACUCAACCAGUGGCAACAGUGGCAAUGGCAACGGCCAGGGGAACGGCAACAGUGGCGGCAAUGGCAACAGCAGUAGCAGCAGUGGCAACAGCAACGGUGCUGACAGUGGCAACGGUACCAACUCAACCGGUGGCAACGGCAACAGUGGCUCCAGCGCCUCCGAGCUGCUGCUCCCAGCCCGCACCAUCAGCGUUACGCUGACCGGCCCGCCGAACCCGCCCUCGCCCGCCGUCACCUGCAAAUGCUCACCCGCCGCCUCCGCCUACCCCGGCGGCGCCUGCCCUGCCGGCACCGCCCCGCUCACCGCCACCCUCACCUCCGCCUCCUCCCCCUCCACCGAGUCGCCUUCCUACGCCGUGUGUGUUGCGGCGCCGUCCUACGACCGCGUCUCGCGCCGCCUGGUCUUCUCCGCCUGUUGGCGCUAUGCCUGCCUGCCUGAUGCCUUCGCGCGCCAGCCCUACACGCUGACGUUGGGGCCGCUGGCCGCCGCCGCCGCCGGCACGCCACCGGCCGGUCACUACCGCCUGCACGGGUCCGUUCCGGCUGGCGUGGACAUGUCUCUCCAAUGGCUGCCCGCGAACGCCAGCAGUGCUACAGCCAGUGCUACGGCCGUCACUUCCGCCGAUGGUGGCGGCGCCGCGGCUGCUGCUGGCUGGCGGUCGGCGGCGGCGCUUGGCGGCGCGGGGCUGGACGAGGUGGCUGUGGCCGCCAGUGCCAUUGCAGUGGUUCUGCACGUGCCCUUUGACAUGGGCGUAGACGACUCAGCGGGCUCCCUCGAGCUCAAGUACCUCCACUCCACCUGCAACUUCGACGGCAGCAACAGCACCUCCAACCACAGUGUCGUCAUCGAGGCGGCUGACGGCGGCGGCGCCGUCAUGCUGCCCCAGCUGCCCGCCGCCGCCGCCGACAGCGCCGCCAACGCCACGCUGACGGUCGUGUCGCACACGUGGGUGCCGCGCCGCGUGGUGCGCACUGAUGCCGCCGCCGGCAGUAGCGGCGGCAGCAGUCACACGGUCGCGGAGCUGGAGGCUUCCGUCCGCAGUAGCCUCGAGGCCGCCGCCGGCUCUGGCGGCGGCGUGUCGGUGUCGGUGUCGGUGCAGGUGUCAGGCUACCGCGUGUCCAUCCCCAUCGGUCUGCAGGACUUUUCCGCCGUGCCCGACUGCGGCGCCGAGUCGCUGGCGCUGCUGCGCUCCCUGGCCGCCGCCGCCAGCCUGCCCGGCGGCGCCGCACUGCUGGGCGUCAGCUGCGCCUUCGCGGCCGUUGACGCCUCAGCCUCCGCAACUGGCAGUGGCGCGCGUCGGCGCAGCCUUAUGGCCACGACCACCGCCACCGGCACCAGCACGGCAUCGACCUGUGCGCCGCGCAUCUCCGUGCCUGUAACCCUCGACUCGUCCUCCACCGCCUCUGCCAUCCCCACCACCACCUCCGCACCCGACCUGGACACCCUGCUAUCCGCCUCCGUCGCUGCCCUGAGCUCCUCCUACAGCGGCAGCGCCGGCGCCGUGUGCCCCCUUGACCCCGCCUCGCCGGCCAUAGAGGUCGUCAGCAAGCUGUCCGUGUCCGUGACCAUGCCCGCCGCCAGAAUGGUGGCGGCGGCAGCGGCGGCAGGCGGCGACGCGGUGGCAUCCGCAUGCACGAGCGGCCCGGCUGCGCUGGCGGCGUCUCUGGGUCUCGGCACGGGGGAGGCGCAAGUCGUGGGCUGCGAGCUGUCGGCAGCAGUCGCGGGCCCCAUCACUGUCGUCACCGACCCACCCUCCAGCAGCGGCAGCGGGCCCGCCGGCGCCGCCGGGUCCGACGUCACCGCCGCCAGCCCCCAGCCCACCGGUGCCGCCGCCUCCAGCGGCCACAGUGGCGGCAGCGGCGGCACCAGUAGCGUCCUCGUCGGCGUUGCGGUGGCGGCGGGCGUCGCCGCCGCAGUCGUGGCGGCGGCCGCCGCCGUGCUCGUCACGCGCCGCCGGCAGGCCGCCCGCGCCGCCGCUGCCGAAAACGGCGAACCGCUCUCCGGUCGCUCGUCCAAGUACGACUGCCGCCGCCCUUCGCUGAGUGGCGGCGGCGUUGAGGUGUUUGAGCCGGACUCGGACGACAGUGCCGGGCAGGCCAUGCGUGACGCGGCCCUGGGCGCGAAGCGGCAGCGGCGUGUGAGCUACGGCGGCGGCGGCGUGAUGGGCGGCCGCGGCGACAGUGUGAAUAGCGGCGGCGGCGGCGGCUUCUUUGGGCGCGUCUCCAAGACUGUGUCUGCCAAGAACGGCAUGCGUGGCGUGUCCAACAGUGGCGCCAAGACGCCCUCCGCUCGCCCCUCGCUCUUCGGCACCGAUUCCCCGGGCGCCGGCCUGGAGGCCGCCUUCCUCUCCAUCGUCCCUGACGCUUACACCAUCGGCACCAACGACAACAGCAGAACCGUCAGCGACGUCGGCCCCAAGUCCGCGCCACCCACGCUCCAUCACGCCGCCCAAGUCAACACCUGGACGCCAACGGCGAUGGGCGGCGGCUGCAGUGCCGUGGCGGCGGCCAAGAGCCGCACCAGCCGCGCAAGCCGCGGCAGCGCCUCCGGCAGAGGUGCUGGCGCCGGCGCCGGUGCCGGCGUGCUGGGGAGCUUUACCCAAGGCUCUCAGUCCUGGUACCCCACGCCGUACGACGAAGAAGAUGAUGAUGACGGCGAGGGCCCUGGCGAUUAUUGCAGCAAUGGUGGUAAGGGCGCUGCCGGCGGCCGCGUGACGCGCGCGUCCCAGUCGCACACCGAGGGUGUCAGCCGCCGCACCGCUCGCAGCAGCGGCGCGCUGUUGGGCGCAGUGCUGUGCGCGCGUGUCAGCUACCCCGGCUGCACGCCGGACCUAGAUGACGACGGUGACGAGGGUGCCCAUGCGUCGGAGGACGAAGAGAUGCAAUCGGCCUCCGCGUCUGACUCCGACAACGGGUCGGAUCCGGCGGCCGAGGCGAUGGAGGUGGAGGUGCAGGUGGGUGCUGUGCGUGCCAGCGGCCUGUCCCUGACCGGCCGCUUCCGCCGCCUGCAGCCGAACCGCCACGGCACCGGCAGCGGUAGCGGAAGAGGCGCGCCACGCCGUGCCCGCAACGCCGGCGGCGCCGGCACGCGCGCGCACCACAGCGACGGCUGCGCUGUGUACGGCGGCGGCGGCGGCGCCGGCUUCCAUGACUUUUUCGGGCUGGAGGAGUUGGUGGGAGCUGAGGACCUGGCGGGCGUGAUGUGCUCCUUGCCGACGGCGCCGCCUGCCAGUGCCGCCGAGCGGCUGGCGGCGCGGCGCAGCAGCGCCAGCAGCAGUCAGACGCCGCUGACGGCGGCGGCUGCGGCAGCGGCGGCACGCCGGCGGUCGCGUACUGAGCACCCGGCCGUCGUCGCGGGAGUGGGAUGCGCCGGCGGUGCCGCCUCCGGUAGCAGCCCCUUCCUCCGCCGCAGUCACAACGCGGGUCUGCUGGGCUCCAACCCUUCGCACCCCGACGUCGAGGAGGUGGACGACGAGGGCGAGGGUGCGAUGCGGGCAGCUGGGGACCCGGCCGAGCGCCUGUUCACACGCGGCAGCUACGGCGCCCAACAGGGUGCUGCUGCUGGCGGCCCCUCGCGUACCGCCAGCGUGGCCAGCGCCUCUGCCGCUGGCUCGAGCGGCUCCGCCGCCUCCCAGCGCGUCUGGAUCUGCGCACCGCCGCUGCCGCCGGCCGCGGCAACCGUGGCAUUCAUCCUGCCCGGCGCCGGCGAUGCGGUGCAGGCCACGACGGCUGCGGAGCUGGCGGCGGCCGCAGCCGGCUGCGACAAGGACCGGGACCUCCUUCGUGUGCAGAGCCGCCGGCCGGGCUUUGUAGACCGCUCCGAGGGCGGCUGCCUGGCGGCCGCGGUGGCUUCGUCCGUCUGCAGCGCCGCCGCCGCCGCCAGCGGCUUCUCGCAUCAGGGCAGCGGCGCCGACACCGACGGCGCCGCCGCCGCUUACCGCCUUGAGGAUCUCGACGACUGUGGCGGUGGCGUCUCCGCCGCCAGCAGUGGCGGUGCCACCGCCGCUUCGCAACGGCGGCACAGCGCGCUGAACGCGGCGGCUCGUGUGGAGCCGCGACGCGGCGGCUUCACCCGAGCGCGCCGCCACAACUUGGUCGCCCCGUAUCUGGGCCCCGGCGGCCACGCGCCGCCGGCCUACAUUCCGCACAUGCCGCCGGGCGCCGCCGCCGUUGGGGGUGUCGUCGGCGGUGGCAGCGGUGCCGCAAGUAUCGGCAACAGCUUCACUGCUUGGUCCGCACCUGCCACCGCCGUCAACAGCCCCGGCGCCGGCGGCCGCCUCUUCGCUGAUGCUUCCGCCUGGGCCGGCGUCGUGGGCGCUGGCCGCCGCAGCAGCGCCGGCGCCGCCUUCGCCGUCGCUUCCGGCGGCGACAACAACGAUGAGGAUGACAGCUGCGCACUUUACGGCGACGACGGACGCUGGGAAGCGCACCGCCGGCUCGCGCCGCUUAGCGGCAGCGGCGCUGCUGCUGGCAUGCCGCGCUGCGCCGCCGGCCUGAACCUCAGCCGCGGCCCCAGCAGCCGCAGCCGUGACCGCGCACGCGACAGCCGCAACAGCGGUCCCGGCGACGAAGGCGAUGACGAGGCUGAGGCUGAGGCCGCCGCGGAGCUGGGCGGCGCGGCGGUGCUCGCGCCGCGGCGGCCGCGCCGCUGCAGCGGCGGCCCCGACGACGCGGCAGACGGCCCCGUCUUCAAUGCGUCGGCGUCCACUGCUGCAACCGUGUCCGCUUACAGAGGCGCCGGCCCAGACUCGCGGGAGCUCGACAGCGGCGGCAAGUGCACUAUCCGCCGCGCGCCCUUUGUGCUGGGCUCGGGAGCUCUGGAUGACGCCGAGGCGGCGGCGGCCACUGCGGCUGAGCGCGAGCGCGAGCGCCACGACGUCGGCGGCGACGGCGACGGCGCUAUGACGCCUUUGGUGGACGUGAUGAUAGCGGAGGCGGGCGUGGCGGAUGCCCUGGUAGGUGUGGACCGCUACCACCGGAUGCAGCGGCUGGUGGGGCCACACACACGGCCGCCGCCGCCGCACGCACGGCAGCCGUUGGUGUCGCACGCCGCUCUCGCGGCAGCGUCCGGGCUUGUGCCGGCGACGCCGGCAGCAGAUGCUUUUGCCAGCCCCGCCGCAAACUGGAGCAGCGGUGCCAGUGGCGGUGCGGCCGAGGCUGACGCCUCGUUGCCAGAACCGCUGUCCUCCGCCGCCCUGGCGGCGGUGGCGGCGCUUGAGGGCGCGGCGGUGGUGCUGCCUUGCGGCACGGGCGCAGCGGCGGCAGACGAGGCGCCGUCAGCGGUGGUGGGCGGCCGGGCCCACUUCCGCCUUCGCCGCAGCAAUGCCAGCAGCGUCUUGGCGUCGCGGCCACCGUCGCCGCCGCCAGAAGAGGUGCUGCUCCCGGCAGGCGAGGUGCAGCCCGCCGUCGCCGCUGGCGCCAUCGCCGCCUUCGGCGAUGGGGUGGUGUGCGCCGCUGACUUCGUGCUGACAGAGAGGCGGCCCGCGCCUGUGCCGGCUUCGAGAAGGAAGACAUGGGAUGAUGAGGAGGAGGACAUGGGCCCCAGCGCUACGCGGUACCUGCCGGCGCUGCCGCCGUCGCCCUCGCCGCCGCCGCUGCUGCUGGCGGAGCUGCCUGACGCCUCGGACCGCGGCAGCGCCGGCAGCUGCACCAUGGACGCCGCUGCGGCGGAGGCCGUGGCUGCCGCCGCGGCAGCGGCAGUCGGCGCCGCAGGCGGCGACCCCGGCGCAACCGGCGCCACCGGCGCCGGGCUUUUGGCCUCCAUUCACUCCGCCGACACGGCUGCUAGCAUGGAAGAGGUGGCGCCGGCGUUUGAGCUGCUGCGCGCCCGCCAGCCCAACCGCCACCCGCAUCACAGCCUGGCAGGCCUCACGCACGACGGCACUUCCGCCGCCUCCUCCGCUGCCUCCUCCAUGAACGGCCGGGGAGGGCUGGUGGACGCUGGCGUGAACGCCAACGCGGAGGGCGGCACGGCGCGGCUGGCGGCCUUGCGGCGGCUGGCAGUGGGGCCCUCGCGGCCCGCCUGGGGCCUCGUACAUGCGGGGGUUGGGCCGUUCAAGCGGAGCAACGCAAACGUGCACGCCGCGGCUGCGAGUGUCAACAACCGCAGCGCUGCCGCCGCGGCUGCGGCCGCCGCGGCCCUGGCCGCUGCCGGCGCGCAGCCCCUCUCGCCGCGCUCGUGCGCCCUGCAUGAGGCGGAGGUCGCUCGCGCGGCGCACGCGGCGCGAGGCGCGUCCGCCGGUGCGGCCGCCGUGCUGGCGGCGCCCGGCGCCGUCAGUGACGGCGGCGGCUUCAGCCCGCGCGGUGGCGGCCCUCGCGGCCCCCUGCCGCGCCUGCUCAGUCGCAACUCUACCGGCGGGCUGUCAAUUCAGGCAUCGGACGCGUCGGGGCCCUUCAUUCAUCUGGUGAGGGAUGUUGGUGUGCUCAGUCCGCGGCCUUCCGGCGCGCACCGGGCGAGCCUGGAUAUGUGAUAAAGGGAGUCGAAGCACGGGGAUCGGUUUUCAAGAUAUGCGAUCAAGACGUAGCUCACAAAUGUCAUCUUCUGACUCUCUUAAAAGCUGGUGGGCGUUGCGCAGUGACGCUGCCCAAGUGGGUUGCACCUACCGUAUUUGUACGGUCUGAAGAAGUGGUCGAAACUCGCGACUAUAUGGAACGAAGAACCGCUUGGACGUUAUGGCCAAGUGUAGGUUGUCGCUGGUGUGAAUGAAGACCAUGAGGCGAUAGGACGAGAAAGAACAGCCCGGUACGAGGUGGAUGGGCAUCAAGUAAGCUUGCAUCAGUGGCACGGCUGCACGUGUGUCGUUGAAUAAAUGGUGAGGCGGCAUUACUUCUAGCGGCCUAGGAGACAGCAAGCACAAACCAGUGCAUGGGUGUUAUGUGCGUGCAUGCUUCGGCCACAAGAAGUUACAGCGCACAACGUUGGCGCUGCUGGAGAGGCCAUAUUCACCCAUCCUGUCAUAGUAUUCUUAUGGGUUGACGUAGGACGCCUGUGACCUAGCCUCGGUAUCCGCAUGGCGGUGCAAGCAUCAAGUGCACCGGCUAAUAAUCCUUUCCAUGAGAAUGUUGCUGAGUGGCGAUUGGCGAUCUGGGCUGCAUUGCAACGAAUUGAACGAGUCAAACGUUGGGCAAGCACGACAGGUGUUCCAAGGGCUUUACUGGGUGUCAAAUAAAGCCAUGUGCACUCCAUCCAGACUUGACGCUGCUGGCGUUUUUCAUCUGUGGAUUUCAAUCUGACUCGAUGGUUAGUAUGUGGUGUGGCUUGGCGCGGUUCUGCCUGACCGUGCAGGUGUGGGAUGCGCAAAGCGCCUCGUAGUGACGGCGCGCGCGGCUGGGCGCGCUGAUGUCUUCGCCGUUGCGCUCAAUGCGGCAACAAGCAAUAGUGAUCUAGGACACAAUAAAAGAUUCCCUGGAGCGGACGGGAUGGUGCUGAGGCGGCGCGAGGCGGCAACCUGCGUGAAAGGAUGCACCGACGCAGGCGUGUGGCAGGAUAUGCUUUAUUCAUACGUUGUACUGGUCGCUUGGAUGAAUCCCGCAAAUUUUCGAGAGCGCCGUCAAUAAAGGGCCGCCAAGGCCGGACGAAAGGUCACUGAAGUCGCCUCGCGCGGGCGUGCAAUGUGAGUGGAUGCUAGGGCGUGCCAGCGCUAUGAGCUUGGGUUGCAUGUGCAAUCAUAUCUUUAUUUCGACUGAUGUGAGUGCUGUCGCCUUUGUCAGUCCCUUGUUAGACAGUUUCAUUAACUCAAACGUGCUCUGCGCGCGGCAGUUGCUGCUGCAUGCCUAGACCUGACUGACAAGCGCGCUUGGGUGUUACCUGGCUGGCACAGGUUUUGCCGCAAUGUAACGCUUGGCGCGCGCAUGCGGCUUUUGGCCAAAUUGGAUUGAAGCAGGUGGUGGACGCCAGUCGCUGUGGGGUGGAGUAGGUCCGGCAGCAAUCGCAGCACGGCAGGGCCCUGACAGGUGUGUGCCUUAUGUUCAUCAUAAGGUGUGGUAUUGUGGAAUAAUGUUGAGAGCGCACGAACACUGUACGGCCUGCGAGGUUAUGGUACAAGCUGCCGCUGGCAGAGUGCAGGCACCAGUGGCUAUGAACAUGCUGUUACCAAGGACAUCCUUAUAAUGUUUGCAAUCGGCGGGUCCUAAUCGGCCGAAGCGAGAAGCAAUCUCACGCGUCCAUGGACUUUCGCGAGGUCGCGGGGCCCUGCGCCGUGGCGGUGGCUGCAGCGGCCCUGGGCCAGAAGUGGCGGCGUGCAUUGCGUAGCCGAGGGGGCAGGCAAGGCCACGUGGAGGAGGAGAGCACGGCGCCGCGGGCAGUGCGCAGGUUGAGGCCCGGCCUGUGCCUGGUCAGCAGCCUUUGCAGGCGAGCAUAGUAUGGCACGGUGUGUGGUGGAUAACUGCUGUUGGGUUUGUUGCCUGUUUUGUUUGUGCUUGACAGCGGGAUGUGGCUGGACACAUGGCGGGCCGUGCCUGUACAAACCGACCCCGGCUAUGUCCGAGAGAUGAGGUAGACGCUUGCGGCCUCAGACGGGAGACGUGGAGGUGGGCGCAGCCCACUUUUACCUUCAGAGGGAAAACCACUUUCUUGUCACGUCCUUGUAAUUUUGUGACCUG